UAGGUAACGACUGUGGCAGGUCAGAGGACCCACUGUCUCUUCCGACGAGAUCAACCACUUUCGGGCGCUUCCCCGCACAACUCCCAACAAUCACACACAACAUCAACCACGGCCAGGGUAAUGCUCUGGAGGCAUGCGCUGAACAUCUACUAGUGGCACGUAUUGCACGAGAUUCAGUCUCGUAACUGCCUAGGAACUAGGCAGGAACCCCCAGUCUCCUACUCUCGUCAUGUCCGGGCGGUUUCCUCAAGUGGGGCUGAUAUGUUUACGCUCACGGGAAUGUCGGGCAGCGGGGCUGACACACUCACACUCGCCAGACUGACCUCGUGGGGGAUGUGAUUGUCACCAUCGACUCCCCUCGACGGGAGAGUUGGUAUAAGGACUGGGCUCUCUUGGAUCCCCCAGCUCCCCCUCCUGUUCAUCCCUCUCUGCCUCAACAUCACCCCCAACUAACUCGGCAGCAAACAAGUUACACCGCCCAACUCACCCACAUUCUUUUACCCCCCUUCUCUACAUCACCAUGGUCCUCCCCAUGAAGACCUUGGUGGCCGUUCUGGCGCUCCUCGCCUCCCAGGCGUUUGGUGCCCCGGCUUUCGGCAACGCUGACCACGCCGCUGUCAUCAACCAGCAGCGCGCGGAGAUCGCGGCUCGCCACGGCUGGUUCUGGGCUGGCAUUCGUCCUUGCCCUCCCAACGUGAGGCCUCCUCCCCCUCCCCCUCGCCCUUGGGAGCCCUGCAAGUCUGGCAGCUGGACUUGGGGCCCUCCCCCCGGUCCUCCUAAGACCACCUAUGUCCCCCCGACAGGUCCCCCUACCGGCCCUCCCACUGGUCCCCCCACUGGUCCCCCCACUGGUCCCCCCACCGGCCCUCCCACUGGUCCCCCCACUGGUCCCCCCACUAGCAGUCACCCUCCCACCGGCCCUCCCACUGGUCCCCCCACUACUACCUCGCCGGUUCCUCCCACUACGACCCCGACCUCGCAGGUUCCCCCCACUACGACUACGACCUCGCAUGUCCCUCCUACCACCACGACUACUAGCCAGGUUCCCCCGACUACGACGACCACUAGCCAGGUUCCUCCUACGACCACCCCGGUCCCCCCGACGACCACCCCGGUCCCUCCCACUACCACCCCGGUCCCUCCUACGACCACCCCGGUCCCUCCUACGACCACCCCGGUGCCUCCUACGACCACCCCGGUCCCCCCGACGACCACCCCGGUCCCCCCUACGACCACCCCGGUCCCCCCGACGACGACGCCGGUGCCUCCUACGACCACCCCGGUCCCCCCGACGACCACCCCCGUGCCGCCCACUACUACGACUAGCGGUCCUCCUACCACGACGCCUACCGGCGGUGGCGGCGGCGGCGGUGGCGGUGGUGGUGGUGGAGGUGGAGGAGGAGGAGGAGGUGGUGGUGGUGGAGGAGGUGGCGGAGGUGGUGGCGGCGGAGGAGGUGGUGGUGGUGGUGGAGGUGGAGGCGGCGGCGGCGGCGGCUCCGGAGGUGGCGGCGGCUCUGGCGGCAGCGGUGGCUCUGGCGGCUCGGGUGGCUCUGGCGGCAGCGGCGGCUCGGGUGGCAGCGGCGGCAGCGGUGGCUCGGGUGGCUCUGGCGGCAGCGGUGGCUCGGGCGGCUCUGGCGGCUCGGGUGGCUCUGGUGGCAGCGGCGGCUCGGGUGGCAGCGGUGGCAGCGGCGGCUCGGGUGGCUCUGGCGGCUCCGGUGGCUCGGGUGGCAGCGGCGGCAGCGGCGGCUCGGGUGGCUCUGGAGGCAGCGGUGGAUCCGGCGGCUCCGGCGGCAGCGGUGGCUCGGGUGGCUCUGGCGGCAGCGGUGGCUCUGGCGGCUCUGGCGGCUCGGGUGGCUCUGGCGGCAGCGGCGGCUCGGGUGGCAGCGGCGGCAGCGGUGGCUCGGGUGGCUCUGGCGGCAGCGGUGGCUCGGGCGGCUCUGGCGGCUCGGGUGGCUCUGGUGGCAGCGGCGGCUCGGGUGGCAGCGGUGGCAGCGGCGGCUCGGGUGGCUCUGGCGGCUCCGGUGGCUCGGGUGGCAGCGGCGGCAGCGGCGGCUCGGGUGGCUCUGGAGGCAGCGGUGGAUCCGGCGGCUCCGGCGGCAGCGGUGGCUCGGGUGGCUCUGGCGGCAGCGGUGGCUCUGGCGGCUCUGGCGGCUCGGGUGGCUCUGGUGGCAGCGGUGGCUCGGGUGGCAGCGGCGGCUCUGGCGGCUCGGGUGGUACCGGUGGCUCUGGUGGCAGCGGCGGCACUGGCGGCAGCGGCGGCUCGGGCGGCACUGGCGGCUCGGGUGGCAGCGGCGGCACUGGUGGCAGCGGCGGCUCCGGUGGUACUGGUGGCAGCGGCGGCUCGGGCGGCUCUGGCGGCUCGGGUGGCAGCGGCGGCACCGGUGGAUCUGGUGGCACUGGCGGCUCUGGUGGCAGCGGUGGCUCGGGUGGCACUGGCGGUUCGGGCGGCUCUGGCGGCUCGGGUGGCAGCGGUGGCUCGGGUGGCGGCACUGGCCCCGGAGGUUCGGGUGGUUCGGGCGGCGACGGUGGCUCCGGCGGUAGCGGAGGCACUGGCGGUGGCUCGGGCGGCUCGGGCGGCGACGGAGGCUCUGGCGGCUCCGGCGGCACUGGUGGUGGCUCGGGCGGCUCUGGCGGCUCGGGUGGCUCUGGUGGCGACGGCGGCGCUGGUGGUGGCUCCGGAGGCUCCGGCGGCAGCGGCGGCUCUGGCGGCUCUGGCUCGGGCACCGGUUCGGGUGGCUCGGGUGGCUCUGGUGGUUCGGGCGGUGCCGGCUCUGGCACUGGUUCGGGCGGCCAGGGUGGCGCUGGUGGCAGCGGUGGCUCCUCCAGCGGCAGCGGCCCCGCGGGUGCUGGUGGCGCCGGCGGCAAGGGCGGCGACUCGCCUGACGGCACUGCCGGCGCUGGCAGUGCUGGCGGCAAGGGCGGCGACUCGACCGGCACUGGACCUGCUGGCGCCGGUGGCGCCGGUGGCGCUGGCGGCAACUCUCCCAACGGCACUGCUGGCGCUGGUGGCGCUGGUGGUGACGGCGGUUCCUCGACUACCGGCCCCGCUGGUCCCGGCGGCGCCGGCGGCAAGGGCGGCGACUCCGACAAGGGCACUGCUGGCGCCGGUGGCGCUGGCGGUGACGGCGGCUCCUCGACUGCUGGCGGCAAGCCUGGCGCUGGUGGUGCCGGCGGUGACGGCGGCAAGUCCGACUCCGGCAAGGGCGGCGCCGGCGGCGAAGGCGGCGACGGCGGCAAGGGCUCGACUGGCCCUGACGGCAAGGGCUCCGACGGCGGCGACGGCGGCGCUGGCGGCAAGGGCGGCAGCUCGACUACUGGUACUGCCGGCAAGGGCGGUGACGGUGGCAAGGCCGGCGACGGCGGCAACGGCACUGGUGACGGUGCCGGUGGUGCCGGUGGCAAGGGCGGCGCUGCUGGCGCCGGCGGCGACUCUCCUCACGGCACUGCUGGCUACGGCGGUGACGGCGGCGACGGCGGCAAGGGCGGCAGCGCUGUCAACGGCAGCGCCGGUGACGGUGGUGCUGGCGGCGACGCCGGUGCUGGCGGCAAGACCCAGGACGGCAAGGCCGGUGGCGGUGGCACUGGCGGCACUGGCGGCGACGGCGGCGACUCGACCAACGGCAUUGCUGGCUUCGGCGGUGACGGCGGCAAGGCUGGCGACGGCGGCUCCUCGACUACUGGUACUUCGGGCCCCGGCGGUGACGGCGGCAAGGGCGGCAAGGGCGGCAACUCCGACAAGGGCUUCGGCGGCGACGGUGGCGAGGGUGCCGCCGGCGGCAAGGGUGGCGACACGACCUCGGGCACCGCCGGCAAGGGCGGUGAGGGCGGCUCUGGCGGCGACGGUGGCACCUCCAAGGAGUCUGCCGGCGGCCACGGUGGCGGCGGCGGCCCCGGCGGUGACGGCGGCAACGCGACCACUGGCAAGGCCGGUGACGGCGGUGACGGCGGCAAGGGCGGCGCUGGCGGCUCCGGUGGCACCGUUGCCGGCGACGGCGGCGACGGCGCCAAGGGCGGCAAGGGCGGUGACGCCACCUCCGGUACCGCUGGCAAGGGCGGCGACGGCUCUGACGGCGGCAAGGGCGGCAACUCUCCCAACGGCGAGGCCGGCAAGGGCGGCGACGGCGGCGCUGGCGGCGAUGGUGGCAAGGCUACUACUGGCCCUGGCGGCGCUGGCGGCGACGCUGGCAAGGGCGGCGCUGGCGGUGACUCUGACAAGGGCACUGGCGGCGACGGCGGCAAGGGUGCCGACGGCGGCAAGGGCGGUGACUCUGGCUCCGGCCCCGGCGGCAAGGGCGGCGACGGCUCUGACGGCGGUGCCGGCGGCAACGCUCCCAACGGCCAGGGCGGCAAGGGCGGCCCCGGCGGUGACGGUGGCGAUGGCGGCAAGUCCGACACUGGCAAGGGCGGCGACGGCGGCGGCGACGGCGGCGACGGCGGCUCCGGUGGCAAGGGUAGUGACUCGUCUCCUUCCAAGCCCGGCGGUGACGGCGGCGACGGCGGCGACGGCGGCAAGGGCGGCGACACUGGCACUGGCACCCCCGGCAAGGGCGGUGACGGCGGUGACGGCGGACCCGGCGGCGCGGGCACUCCCGGUGGCAAGGGUGGUGACGGUGGCAAGGGCGGUGACGGCGGUGACGGCGGACCCGGCGGCGCGGGCACUCCCGGUGGCAAGGGUGGUGACGGUGGCAAGGGCAGUGAUGGUGGCAACGUCACCGGCAACCCCUCGUCUGCUCCUACUGUGAACCCUACCACGUCUGCUCCUCCCACCUCGGUUGCUCCUACCAACAACCCUACCGCUCCUACCGGCGCUCCUUCGACCAACCCCACUGGUGCUCCCUCGAACAACCCCACUGGCGCUCCUUCGAACAACCCCACUGGCGAGCCCUCGAACAAGCCCACUGGCGAGCCCUCAAACAAGCCCACUGGCGAGCCCUCGAGCAACCCUACGGGCGCUCCUUCGAGCAAGCCCACUGGCGAGCCCUCGCACAACCCUACUGGCGCUCCCACUACCCAGGCUCCUCCCACUACCCAGGCUCCUCCCACUACUCAGGUUCCUCCCACGACUACUGCUUCUCCUUCCCCCACUGCCUCCCCCAGCGGCGGUGGCCACGGUGGCGACGGCGGCAAGGGCGGUGACGGUGGCAAGGGCGGCGACGGUGGCAAGGGUGGCCAGGGCGGCAAGGGCGGUGACGGUGGCAAGGGUGGCUCCGGCGGCAAGGGUGGCUCCGGUGGCAAGGGCGGUGACGGCGGCAAGGGCGGUGCUGGCGGUGCCGGCGGCGGCAACGGCGACGGUGGUGCCGGUGGCGACGGCGGUGCUGGUGGCGACGGCCCCGGCGGCGGCGGCAAGGGCGGUGACGGCGGUGCCGGCGGCGCUGGUGCCGGAAACGGCAAGGGCGGCGACGGUGGCGACGGCGGCUCGGGCGGCAAGGGUGGCGACGGCGCCGGCAAGGGCGAGGGUGGCUCUGGCGGCGACGGCGGCCCCGGCGGCUCGGGCGCGGGCACCGGCUCGGGCGGCAAGGGUGGCGACGGUGGCGAGGGCGGCAACGGCGGCCUCGGCAACGGCGACAACAAGUGCGACGACAAGCACGACAAGCGCGACUACUCGCGCCGCCGCCUGUCUACGUCCGACUAA